UCCGCUAAGGUCAGGUCUAGUCAGCCGUUCUGAGGGAUUAUAAAAGAAUACGAGGUCCCAUACGCAGCGUAUAUUCGUACCAUUAAUGUUCGGGAAAAAAUUGAAAUAAUUACAAGGAUUCCUUUCCUUGUUUAGUGGUGGUGUUUAUGUGGGCGAGAGUGGGAUGCGAUUGUGAAGAUGAUGGUUAAGAAGAACGAUGGGACCAGACGGGAAUGUGGUGCUGGCGGACCCACAGACGGUUGUUGUAUCGAAGAAGAAAACGCAGUCGUCUCGGAGUUGGAUACUUUUUAACCGUACGGGCCAGAGCACCGUUUUGGAUGUCGACAAAUACGCUAUCAUGCACCGCGUCCAAAUCCACGCGCGUGAUCUCCGCAUCAUCGAUCCUCUGCUCUCCUACCCCUCCACUGUUCUUGGUCGUGAGAAAGCCAUUGUUUUGAACUUGGAGCAUAUCAAGGCAAUUAUCACCGCUGAAGUGGUAUUGCUGCGAGAUCCACUGGAUGAAAACGUGAUUCCGGUUGUGGCGGAACUUCGAAGUCGACUUCCAUCUCGGAAUGCUAUUCGUGAAGCGCAGGAAAAUGGUAAAAAAAAUUCUGGAGGGCGUAAUGAAGUUGAAGCGGAGUCUCCGUUUGAAUUCCGAGCCCUGGAGGUAGCUUUAGAAGCUAUUUGUAGUUUUUUAGCUGCUCGUACCGCAGAGUUAGAGACUGCUGCUUAUCUUGCUUUGGAUGAACUUACAUCCAAGAUCAGCGGCUGUAAUUUGGACAGGGUUCGUAAAUUGAAGAGUGCAAUGACAAGGUUGACUGCCCGUGUUCAAAAGGUGCGAGAUGAACUUGAACAACUACUAGAGGAUGACGAUGAUAUGGCUGACCUUUACUUGUCAAGAAAAUUGUCUGGCCCAUCUUCACCUGUUGGUGGUUCUGGUCCUUCCAACUGGUUUCCUGCAUCUCCUACCGUAGGUUCAAAGAUUUCAAAAGCAAGUAGAGCAAGUAUAGCAACAGUUCGUGGAGAUGAGAAUGAUGUUGAGGAGCUUGAAAUGUUGCUAGAGGCUUACUUUAUGCAAAUUGACAGCACAUUGAACAAAUUAACCUCACUGCGAGAAUAUAUUGAUGAUACUGAGGAUUAUAUUAACAUUCAGCUGGAUAACCAUCGAAAUCAGCUGAUUCAGUUAGAGCUAUUUCUAGGUGCAGGAACUGUCUCCAUAAACACCUACUCAUUGUUAGCUGCAAUAUUUGGCAUGAAUAUCCCAUAUACUUGGAAUGAGCACCAUGGAUACAUGUUUAAAUGGGUGGUCAUUUUCGGAGGAACAGUUUGUGUAAUAUUAUUUGUAGCCUUUGUGUCCUACGCUCGUUACAAGGGUUUGCUUGGAUCUUGAGUAUUCAUGGUUGGAAAGGAUUUUCUAUUGAAUUUUUAAAAUUAUUGGCCUAAUACUAAAGUAGCUCCACCCCAGCCUUCUUAGUCUUACGGGUGUCAACACGGCAGAUCUGUUUAGAAAACCUUACCACAUGACACACGUCAGUCUUUGUUUCUUAUAUUAAUAGGGAAUUUUGACACCACGUUAAUAAAGUUGUGAGUACGCAUAAUUUUAUUUUAUAUAUAUAUAAUAAUAGCAAGUCAAUAUUGCACAUGUCAGCCUUGCAGUUUUUUUUUUUUUUUGGUUGUCGUGGGGAUUGUAGUAGGCUGGUAGCUGCUGCCGUUUCAACCGUCGUAGCAAUUCCAGAUGGUCUUACGUUAGCUGUUACACUCACUCUUAUUUAUUUGAUGAAAAGAAUGAUGGCUGAUCAAGCCAUGGUGAGAAAGCUUUCUGCCUGUGAUCAGGCCAUGGGGAGAAUAAAGUUGGCAUGCAAAUAUAUAAAUAUCUGAGAUUUUUUUUA